CCAGCCAAGUCAACAAAAUCCUCUCCAAACUCCUCAACACCUUCUACCAAAUAUGGAUCCGACUCCCCGACGAACUCUCCGACUUCGCCAAACUCUUCGACGGCCCCAACUCCAAAAACCUCCUCUCCCAACCCAGCUUCCAGCAGUACAAAACCAUCCUCAUCAACCUCCUCACCAUCCUCGUCGACCUCCCCUCCGACCCCUCCCAGACAAAACACAUCGCCCACAACAACCUCGGCCUCUCCACCUGGGACCGCAAAACCCUCGAGCGAAAAUGGCUCAAAAUGUUCAGACUCUUCGACACCACCCAAUUCACCCACCAACUCUCCGCGCACCUCUGGGCCGAAGUCAAACACGUCGUCCACCACAUCUCCAAACAAUCCAACUCCUACCCCACCGACGUCCGCAUCCACGCCAUCUCCAGCUCCUGCCUCCUCCUCUCCUCCAUCACCUCCCCCCACCCACCACCCCCGGAACUCACCCUCUCCCUCCUCCUCUCCCUCAUGGAAUCCGCCCGCGACCCCUCCCUCUCCCUCCACGUCGUCUCCUCCUUCCUCUACCUCAGCUACUUCUCCGCCCAACUCCACUCCCUCGACCACUCCUUCCCCGAAACCCUCCUCUCCUUCCUCUGCGACCACAUCCAACUCUCCAUCACCGUCGGCAAAAACCACUCCCUCAACGAACCCCUCAUCGACCUCCUCUUCCACACCCUCACCACCUGGCUCCUCAACUGGCCCAACACCUUCCUCCACAACCGCCGACUCGCCAAAUACAUCUUCAACGUCAUAGAACUCGGACUCCUCGGACGCGUCCUCACCGACGUCUACUCCACCAACACCUCCAAGUCCCCCUCCCACCUCAUCUCCCUCCUCAACCACUCCCCCAG